AUGAAGCUGCUCGCCACUUGUUUGGUUCUGGUGAUCCUACAGAUCAACAGAACCUCAGCCGAUCUACGCCAGAACAAGCUUCCAAAAGCAACAGAUUCUUCGGAGGUUUCUCCCACAGCGGAAGCCCUGCGAGGAUCGUACAGUUCCAGCCCGUUAUUCCCGGCGUCUUUCGACGCUCGCGAUCAUUGGCCGCAUUGUCGAUCGAUCGGACACGUCCAGGACGAGGGAUGCUGUCACAGUGGAUACGUGAUCGCACCGACGUCCGCCAUGACCGAUCGUUCGUGCAUUGCUUCGAAUGGUACCCGGAAUGCGACCUUUAGUGCGUACCAUGCGCUGAGUUGCUGCACGAACUGUGCGAGCCCUGAGGCGCUGCCGUGUUCCGGGGGUGAUCCGUUGAAGAUUUGGGAGUUUUGGGUGGUGGAUGGGAUUGCACGUGGAGAUUGCUUGCCUUAUACGCUCGAGAGCAGCUGCAAUGUCCAGGGUUGUUCGGAGAAAUGUCAGCCUGGAAUGAGCGUGACCGUUGCCGAUACGAUUGUGAAGGGGGGUCGCGUUUACAAGGUGUCGUCGAACGUCGCUGACAUUCAGAAGGAAAUCCUUGAGCACGGACCGGUACAAACAACGAUUCAAAUGUUUGAUGACUUGGUGGCAUUCGUCGGAUCGAACGUUUAUAAGCACUCUACUGGAGAGUUGCUGGGUCAACAGCACAUCAAGCUGAUUGGUUGGGGUCAUGACGACGACUUGGACCAGGACUAUUGGAUCGCGAUCAAUAGCUUCGGCGAAAAGUGGGGUGAUAAUGGUUCGUUCAAGAUCGCCAGUGGUAGCGAUCAUUUGGGUGUUGAGUCCAAUGUCAUAGCAGGAUUGCCAAAGUUUUGAAUAAAAUUGAUAAUUUCCACACCCAAA